UCUCUCUCUCACUCGCUCUCUCUCUCUCUGUGCGCGGAGAGGAUACUCAUCAUCUUUGCUGAAGCGUCUCACAGCGGAGAAAAGCCAUGGCAGCUGCGAACCGUGUCCUUGUUUACGGAGGAAAAGGAGCACUCGGCUCGGCAUGUGUGCAUUAUUUUAAGUCAAAAGGCUGGUGGGUUGCCAGUAUUGACGUCGUCGCGAAUGAAGAAGCGAACGCAAACAUCCUGGUGAAGCUCUGCGAGUCAUUCACCGAUCAAGCCGCUCAGGUGACGUCAGAUGUAGCCACAUUGCUGGGGGAACACAAAGUCGAUGCCAUUGUUUGUGUGGCAGGAGGAUGGGCUGGAGGAAACUGUAGCUCAAAAGACUUGUAUAAGAACUCUGAUAUGAUGUGGAAACAGAGUGUUUGGACCUCCACCAUUUCCAGUCAUCUUGCGUCGCUCCAUCUUAAGCCAGGAGGCCUGCUGACCCUCUCUGGAGCAAAGGCCUCACUGGAAGGCACUCCAGGUAUGGUUGGGUACGGCAUGGCCAAGGCUGCAGUCCAUCAGUUGUGCAAGAGUCUGGCUGGAGAGAACAGCGGUCUUCCAUCUGGAGCUGUCGCUGUGGCCAUUCUUCCGGUUACCUUGGAUACACCAAUGAACAGGAAAUUCAUGCCUGACGCAGAUUUUGGGAGCUGGACACCGCUGGAAUACAUUGCAGAAACCUUCUACAGCUGGGCCACUGGGUCAGGCCGGCCAGCCUCAGGCAGCCUCAUACAGUUGGUGACUACUGGGGGGAAAACCGAAGCCUCGGCGGCCCAGUAAAGGGGGAACAGAGGAAAAAAUAGAAAUACAAAAACAUAAAGAGUAGAGGAGAGCAAUGUUUACCAAUAUACUGUGCAGCAGAGGAGAAAGAGGUCAUACGAACGCGGAUGGAAAAUGAGAGAUGUGGCAUUUCCAAUCAUCCAGUCUCAUUGGAAAUACAGUACAGUAUCUCUGAAUUGGCCAAAGUAUUAACUUACAUGUUUAAUGUUGAGUCUAGAUGAUGAGCGUAUGUUUGUGACUUUUGUCUUGACAACAAAAGGUGUGCCGCUGUCGUAUGUGAAACGUACAGUCUUCUAUUCCAAAAAGUGGCCUUAGUUUGUGUGAGUGUGUGUUUACAGGUUUAAAUUUCAUGUAUGGAUGCUGUAUUUUUAGAGUAUUUUCUCCCCAGUUUGUUGUAGCUGCUGCUGCUGUACGAGUUCGGACCAUACUUACAAAAUAAAAACAAUUGAAAACAA